UUAUUUACGCCAUCUACCCACAAACCUCUCUCUCUCUCUCUCUCUCUGUCUGUUCAGAGUCGGUUUACCUUCUUACCCAAAGAUUACUUGCUCCUCCUUCCACCCUAAGCACCUUCUACAGAUCCACAUCUAGAUACUGCACCCCCAUUGCCAAUAUAAUAUUACCCAACAUUUGUAAUCUUCUUUUUCAUUAAAAACCCACACAUUUAUGUAUUUAUAUUUAUAUUUUAUUUAUGGGUUUUGAAUUUUGAGCCUCAAAGGUGUAAACUUUACCGGGUUUAUUACUGCUGCCCCUGUUCCCAUCACACCCACUGCAAUUUUUUGGCGUUUCUGAGAAUUGGGUUUGAAUUUCUUGACAUUUGUAAUUGAGUUGGGUUUUUGAAAAUUCCACAUUUAACUAGGCAUUUCUGGUUUGGGAAGUGGGAUGCUCUGUGAUGCCGCCGUUUUGGGUAUUCUGUCAGUCUUUUUGAAUUCAGUGUCCCAGAAGCAAGCUGCCAUCUGAAUUCCCCAGCUUUUUUUUCUUCUUCUGGGCUUGGAUCCGGUGUGUUUUCAACUGGGAUUUGAAAGUUGUUUCUGGGUUUUCUCUUUUGGGAAAGUCUCUGCCUGAUUUUACAAGGAGAAUGAAAGCGUAACCAUCAAGGUUCCACAGUUGACUAGAAAUAGAUAGACUAUACAGUAAUGUCGAGGAUCACUAGGUGGAAGCUUGAGAAGACAAAAGUAAAGGUGGUUUUCAGGUUACAGUUCCAUGCCACACAUGUUCCACAAACCGGAUGGGAUAAGCUGUUUAUAUCUUUCAUACCUGCUGAUUCCGGAAAAGCAACUGCAAAAACAACCAAGGCAAACGUGAGGAAUGGGACCUGCAAAUGGGGAGACCCAAUCUAUGAAACUACAAGGCUUCUACAAGACACCAAAACCAAACAAUACGAUGAGAAGCUUUACAAACUUGUGGUAACCAUGGGUUCUUCAAGGUCUAGUAUCCUUGGUGAGACUAAUAUCAACCUUGCUGAUUAUGCUGAUGCAUCAAAGCCUUCGUCCGUUGCUCUGCCUCUUCUUGGAUGUGAUUCUGGAACUGUUUUACAUGUCACGGUACAGCUGCUAACUUCUAAAACUGGCUUCAGAGAGUUUGAGCAGCAGAGGGAGCUCAGAGAGAGCGGUCUACGAACAACCUCUGACCAAAACAGAAAUGAUGUGUCCACUACUAGAAGAAUAUCAUCUUCUGAAGAUGCAGUAAAUGAGCAGAUGGAUAAGAUGAAUUCGAAAGUUAGAUUCAAAGAACUCUCUCCCCAUGAAGAAGGGGCUGGUCUGAAUGAAGAGUAUGCUGAUUCAACUGGUGGAUUUGAAUAUUCUUCCACUACUUCAGAAAGUUUAUAUGCUGAGAAACAUGACGCGUCUAGCACCCAUGAAAUUGACAGUAUUAAGAGUACCACCUCUGCUGAUCUAGGGGGAUUGCCCCUUAGUCAAAGUCCCGGACAAGAGAAACAACAUCCCUCAGAUCAGCGAUUCUUGGUACAGGGGACCAGUGAGUGGGCUCAUAGCUGGGGCUCUGAAUUUUCUCCCGAUGCUUAUUUACCAAAUGCUUCUGAGGAAAAUAGCAGGCUUAGAGGAAGCUUGGAAGCAGCUGAAUCAUCCAUUCUUGACCUUAAGCAGGAGGUGAACUCUUUACAGGUUCAUGCUGAUGAAAUCGGCAAUGAAGCACAAAAAUUUGGUCUUCAACUUGAUGCUGAAAUUGCUUCUGGAGAACAAUUAGCAAAAGAAAUUUCCACACUGAGAUCCGAAUGUUCAAAGUUAAAAGAAGAUCUUGAGGAGCAAAAAAGUUUCAAACUAAGCAUUCCAUUCUCCCACAGGGAAACUAUUGAGACAGGCCAAGAUCGCAUUUUUCAUGAGUUACGGCUCAGGUGGUUUAAGGGCCUUUCAAGUAUGGAGGAUAAAUUAAAAGGGCUUCAGAGCAAGGCAUUAUUUGGAGCAAAUGAAAGGGACUUCCAGUCCUGUCACUUGGAUUUCGAGGCAUUGCUUGGUGUUUUGCAAGUUCUCAAACAAGAGACUGGACAGGCAAGUUCAGGGCUGAACGUGACAAGCGUAAAGGCUGAUGAAAUAAGUUUACAUAAAGGUGAGAAAUUAGCACUAGGAACGAGGGUGGAUGCAGAUUCCCAUCAACCCGAGGGUGCCAUUCAUUGUCUAAGUAUACCUGGCCUGGUGUCACUAGACUUUGAUUCUGUAGAUGCUGCCAAUGCAAUGAAAGGGAAGUUUGUUGAAAUUUUAAGAGAGUUGGAUGAGAUGAAAGCUGAUCGAGAAAGCCUUGCAAAGAAAGCAGACCAGAUGGAGUGCUACUAUGAAGCUCUCAUUCAUGAACUUGAGGAAAACCAGAGACAGAUGAUUGGAGAAUUGCAGAACCUCAGGAAUGAGCAUUCUACUUGCUUGUACACAAUUUCAUCUGCUAACACUGAGAUGGAGAGAAUCCAGCAAGACAUGAACAACGAGCGAAGAAUAUUUUCCAAAGAAAAGCGUGAUUUGGACUCUCUGAACAAGGAGUUUGAAAGAAGGGCUACUACAGCAGAAGCAGCACUUAAAAGGGCACACAUGAAUUACUCUAUUGCAGUGAACCAGUUACAGAAGGACCUUGAAUUGCUUUCAUUCCAGGUUCAGUCCAUGCAUGAGACUAAUGAGAACCUCAUUAAGCAGGCUUUUGAAGAUUCUUUGAUUCCAAUGUUUCAGGGGUGUGAAGAAACAGUGCAGAAUAAGAAAUCGGAUUCAGAGGAAUUUCCAUCUGCAAAACACUUACAGUGUCAGAAUCAAUGCUACGGGAUAAAGAAACAGCAGUUAGAUGGGGAUGCAUUAUCAGAUGAUUUGAGAAGAUCCCUCCACUUGCAGAAGGGCAUCUACCAAAAGGUUGAAGAAGAACUUUAUGAGGUGCAUCUGGUGAAUGUGUAUUUGGAUGUAUUGUCAAAGACUCUACAAGUUACUUUGAUUGAAGCAAGUGCUGCCUUCGGAUUGACGAAAGAGAAAGUGCAUGAACUUUCACAACAGCUGGAGCUUUCAACUGAGUCCAAUGAGUUGUUGAUGCUGAGGCUGCAGACUGCAUUGGAUGAGAUUCGCUGCCUGAAGGAGUACAAGGAAACUUGUAAUUCAAUCCGCAAUGACUUGGUUCUGAAGAAUCAAAUUUUGGAAGCAGAUUUACAAAACGCUAGUAGUGAAAAUGGCCUUCUUACCCAGAAGAUUGUUGAAUGGAAAGGUAUGAUAAAAGAAUAUGAAACUUAUGAGAGCAAAUACAAGGCCUGCACUACUGAAAAAUUACAGCUGGAAAAUUUGUUGCAAAAGGAAACCCUAGAAAACGGCAUUCUUCAGAAUAAACUUUCCUCUUUGCAGGAAGAGUUGAAAUCUGUCAGAACCGACUUUGAUGAGCUAGCUUGCACGAAGGAGGAUCUGCAGAAUAUUGUGAAUUUUCUACAGGGUAAGUUAUGGAAUCUGUUGGCAUCAUAUGACCAAAAGUAUAAAAGCCUGGCUCUUUGCGGCGGAUGUGUCUGUCAAGGCUUGGAAUCCAGAGAUUUAACAGGUGUAGUGAUGCAAAUAGAAGAGCUUCAGAACAAUGUAUAUGGAAAGAUUGUCCAAAUGAUGGAAGAGAAGAAAGAGCUAGCACAAGAAAGAGAUAUUGCUCAAGAGUCUUUACGCGCAGCAGAGUCUGAUAAUCUGAUCAUGAAGCGGAAAUUUGAACACGAUCUACGAGGUACAGUGGAUAAACUAGAUGUUUCGAGUGCGCUGGUUCAAAAGCUCCAGUCACGAGUUGAGGCCAUGGCAAACAGACCCAAGAUUAGCUUUGAAGCUGAAGACAAUUAUGCACAACAGCACAGAGAGCUUUUGUUUGAUCUUGAUAAUUUAGAAUUGGAGCUGCAGCAACUUACUUCUAAAAUUGAGGGCCUUGCUGAGGAAUUUAUGGCAUUGGAGAAAUUAACUGAAGAACUAGGAAGGUGUAACCUGACCAUAGCAGCAUUAACAGUGGAAAAAGAAGCUUUGAUGGUGUCCUUACAGGAUAAAACUGAUGAAUCUUCCAGGCUUGCUCUCGAGCUUAAUAGUUUGCAAGGGAGUUUGCUUUCUUUGCAUGAUGAGGUGCAAACGGAGAGAAAUCUCAGAGAUAAGUUAGAGAGUACAAUCACAGAUCUCACAUCCCAAUUGAACGAGAAGCAUUGCCAGGUGCUAGGUUUUGAUCAGCAGAAGGCUGAGCUUGUCCAUCUCAAACAAUUGGUUUCAGAUCUAGAAUUAGAGAAAUCAAGAGUCUCCCGUCUCUUGUUGGAUUCUGAGGAAUAUCUAAAAGACGUCCGUGAAGAAUGUUCUUCCGUUUCUGCUUUAGAGGCUCAAUUGUCUGAAAUGCAUGAAUUUUCAAUAGCUGCUGAUGUUGGAUUCACUUUCACAAAAGCUCAAUAUGAGACAAGGAUAGAAGAACUAGAAAGGUAUAACUUGACCAUAGCAGCACUGUUAGAGGAAAAAGAAGUUUUGAUGGCGUCUUUACAGGAUAAAACUCAAGAAUCUUCCAGGCUUGCUCUCGAGCUUAAUAGUUUGCAAGGGAGUUUGGUUUCUUUGUAUGAUGAGGUGCAAACAGAAAGAAAUCUAAAGGAUAAGUUAGAGAGUACAAUUACAGAGCUCACUUCCCAUUUGAAUGAGAAGCAUUGCCAGUUGCUAGGUUUUGAUCAGCAGAAGGCUGAGCUUGCCCAUCUAAAACAAUUGGUAUCGGAUCUAGAACUAGAGAAAUCAAGAGUUUCCUGUCUCUUGUUGGAUUCUGAGGAAUGUUUAAAAGACGUCCGUAAAGAGUGUUCUUCCAUUUCUGCUUUGGAGGCUCAAUUGUCUGAAAUGCAUGAAUCUUCAAUAGCUGCUGAUGUUGGACUCACUUUCACAAAAGUUCAAUAUGAGAUGAGGAUUGAAGAACUAGAAAGGUAUAACCUGAUCAUAGCGGAAUUAUCAGAGGAGAAAGAAGCUUUAAUGGCGUCCUUGCAGAAUAAAACUGAAGAAUCUUCCAAGCUUUGUCUGGAGCUUAAUAGGAUGCAAGGAAGUUUGCUCUCUUUGCAAGAUGAGUUGCAAACUGAGAGAAAUCUCAGAGAUAAGUCAGAGAGUAGAAUUACAGAUCUGGCUUCCCAAUUGAUUAAGAAGAACAGUCAGUUGCUAGAUUUUGAUCACCAGAUGGCUGAGCUGGUCCAUCUCAAACAAUUGGUAUUGGACCUAGAACUAGAGAAAUCCAGAGUUCUCGGUCUCCUGUUGAAUUCUGAGAAAUGUCUUAAAGAUGCUCAUGAAGAGUGUUCUUCUGUCUCAGCUUUGGAAGCUCAGUUAUCUGAAAUGCAUGAAUUUUCAAUAGCUGCUGAUGUUGGACUCACUUUCACAAAAACUCAAUAUGAGGCCGUGAUCAAAGAGCUUUGUCAGAAACUACACUUUUCAGAUAGCCAAGUUUCUGAAAUUCGCAACAAUUUCCUUAAUGCAGAGAAUAUGCUUAACAAAUGUCUUGCUAGCGAAAGGCAUUACCUUGAAGAGAACACCCAAUUGAUGACAAGUCUCAAUUUCAUUAAAUCUGAGUUGGAAGCCUCCAGUGCUCAAAACAGGAUACUUCUUGAUGCAAACAGUGUUAUGAGGACCGAACUUGAGGAAUGCAAGAAAAAAGCUGAAAAUACGGAGGAUAUUUUCCAUAUGGAUAAAAGUCAGUCUGCUCUUGAGGUGGAAAGGCUGGAACAUCUUCUAAUGACUUCUGAAGAAGAGAUUGAUAACCUGAUAUUCUCCAAGGAAGAACUGGAAGUCAAAGCUUUAGUACUCAAAGCCAAGUUGGAUGAACAGUCCGCUCAGCUAACCUUGCUGGAAGGAUAUAAGAAUGAAAUGGAAAUGCUGCACGAUAGAUGUAGCGAGCUUACACAGAAGCUUGCUCAACAGGUCUUGAAGACGGAAGAAUUUAAGAACUUGUCCAUCCACUUUAAGGAUCUUAAAGACAAGGCUUAUGCCGAGGGCCUCCAUGCACAGGAUAAAAAAGAACCAGAAAGGCCACCAACUGCUAUGCAAGAGUCUUUAAGAAUUGUAUUCAUCAAAGAACAAUAUGAAACCAAGCUGCAAGAACUGAAACAACAACUUGCUAUGUCCAAUAAGCACAGUGAGGAGAUGCUCUGGAAAUUACAAGAUGCAGUUGACGAAGUUGAGAAUAGGAAAAAAUCCGAAGCUACUCAUGUGAAGAGAAACGAAGGGCUAGGAAUGAAGAUCUUGGAAUUGGAGUCUGACCUACAUUCAUUACUUUCUGAAAAGCGUGAAAUAAUGAAAGCAUAUGACCUGAUGAAAGCUGAAAAGGAAUGCUCAUUAAUAAGCCUUGAGUGCUGUAAGGAAGAAAAACAAGAGCUUGAAGCGUCUUUGCAGAAGUGCACUGAGGAAAAAGCUAAAAUUGCUUUAGAACUCACCUCAGCGAAGGAUUUACUUGCGAGCAGUUCACCAUCUGUAAAUUAUCAGAGGGGCGCAGAGGAACCUUUGGUUAAGUUUUCUGAACUAGAUGGAGCCAAUGGUGAAGCAUCUCGGCAUGAAUGCAUGAAUUCUGUUGAUGAAGCAGACCAGUUAAAUGUACUCAACAAUAUAAACUCCAAGCAGGAUGAUCUCGUAUCCGGAGGUGUAAAUGGGAUCUCUGGUAUAGUACUUUCAAAGCAAAGGGAUAUUCUUAAUAGCGACAUGAAGCAUUUGGUUCUUGCAAAUGAGAAUUUUAAGGCCCAAGGCUUAAAGUCUAGCAUGGAAAACUUAAAUAAGGAGUUGGAAAGGAUGAAACAUGAAAAUUUGCUUCUUUCCGUCGAUGAUCAACACCUUGAACCAAAUUUUCCUGGUUUACAAAGAGAGAUUAUGCAAUUAAAUAAGGUAAAUGAAGAAUUGGGAAAUAUAUUUCCCUCCUUCAACGAAUUUUCUUGCAGUGGCAAUGCAUUAGAGAGGGUGCUAGCUUUGGAAGUUGAACUUGCUGAAGCAUUGCAGGCAAAGAAGAAAUCAACUAUCCAGUUUCAAAGUUCUUUCGUGAAACAACACAGCGACGAGGAAGCAGUGUUUCACAGCUUCAGAGACAUCAACGAGCUAAUUAAAGACAUGCUGGAGAUUAAGGGAAGAUAUGCUACCGUGGAAACGGAACUCAAAGACAUGCAUGACCGUUACUCCCAGUUAAGCCUUCAAUUUGCGGAGGUCGAAGGGGAGAGACAAAAACUAAUGAUGACUCUCAAGAAUGUCCGAGCGUCAAAGAAAGCCCUACACUUGAAUCGCUCCUCAACAUCCCCUUUUCUAGACCCUUCGUAAUAGUCACGGUAGCCAUCCAUUCUUGUUUGCGAAGAAAUAGCCCUUUAUGUGGUUGAGAAUUGAUGGUCCGACAUGCCUUGCUGCGCCAUGUUAUCGUAUACGUGAAAGGUGGAUGAUGUACGGGCCAGUUAGCCGCUAGCUGUGAAACUUCACGAUGUUGAAAUGUGGUAUUGAAAGCUCAGCAGCAGUGUAAAUAGAAACCUCUGCUGGUUUGUGCAACUGGUUUAUGGUAUCACAGGUACAGAACCCUGUUACGAACCCUUCGUUUUCGGGUUGCUGGGAGAAUAUGUUGUAGUUCUGCCAUAUAGUCAAUCAAUUUUUUUGUCAUAUUUAUUCAAACAUCGAAAGAUAUUGCAUUUUCUCC